UGACAGAUGUCACAACACAAGACGUGUCAAGUCAACUCUGUCUAUUUUUCAACUCUUUUCGAUUUGUUUUCCUUAAAAAAUGAGUGAAAUUUCAAAAAAUGAUGAUCCAAUCAAGAAAAGAAUUAAUAAAACUCUCGAAAGUCGCCUUGACACAGACAAGGAAGCUAUUGAAGCUUUGACCGACUUAUCAACUUUUUUCCAUGAAAACACUUUGCAGACGAGACGGAAUCUACGAAGUCAAAUUGAAAAGAGAAGUUUGGCCAUCAAUGAGAAUUUUCUCACCGCCCUGAAACAAGUGAAAGAAGCUGUUGAUGCAAUUUACUCCGACAUCAGUUCGAUGACAUCGGCAGUGAAUGAGAUGCAGGAGUGUCUUAACAGCGCUCAAUCUCAGUCGCACGAUUUGAUACAACAAACGAACAAUUUGCAGGCGGAAAGUGACAAAUUGCAAUUGCAACAACAAAUAGCCGGUGCGUUCCUAUCGAAAUUUCAGUUGACCAUUGCCGAACAUCAACAGCUCUAUGGUAGUUCAAGAGACGAUCCCAUCAAAUUGGAAUUCUUCGAUGCACUGGCUCGUGUCCAGAAAAUCCAUUCCGAGUGUAGAGUCCUGAUGCAAUCGGGUUAUCAGACGGCCGCUUUGGAUAUAAUGGAGGAAAUGACAUUGCAUCAAGAAGGUGCUCUGGAACGUUUAUAUCGAUGGACUCAGCACCAUUGCCGUAAUAUCGAUCUGAAUGAGAUUGGCGUAUUGAUGGAAAUGGCAAUGCAGAAACUGCAAGAUCGGCCGGUGUUGUUCAAGUAUGUAAUCGAUGAGUAUGCAACUUCUAGGCGAUCGAUUUUGGUGCGGAACUUUAUUGAUGCUUUGACUAUUGGUGGGCCGAAUGGGAAUCCCAAGCCGAUCGAAUUGCACGCUCAUGAUCCCAAGAGAUACAUUGGCGAUAUGUUUGCAUGGAUUCAUCAAGCAAUUCCAACGGAAAAGGAAAAUUUAUUGCUUCUGCUGAAACAGUGUGACAAACACGAUUUAACGGAUCAAAUCCAAACCGCUCUGAGUCACAUCUCUGACGGAAUUUGUCAUCCGCUGAAAGUUCGUGUUGAGACCGUUCUCAAUUCGGAAAAGGACCUGAUUGUACUGUACGCUGUGGCUAACUUAAUGCGAUUCUAUCAGAAUAUCGUCAACAAUGUUGUCAAAGGCGGUCAACUAGAGGAAUGUCUGCAAAAUCUUCAAGCCUUCAGCGAACAUUCAUACCUCAAUUCUUUGUCACAACAGGUGAAAGUUUUGUUGCAGGGGCCGCCAGGAAGUACUAACAUCGGGCUAGAGCCGCCGAAAAGUGAUCUGGUGCCACCACAAAGCGUCAACAAACUGCUGAGUAUUUUAAAGGAAAUCUUGUCCGUGGCCAGUAUGGUUGAAAGUCGUCAAAGUGACAUUACCAAGAUUGUCUCGUGCGUUAUCGAUCCACUGUUGCAUUCCGUCACCGAAUCUGCAUCGCAUCUACCAUCAGUUGAUAUGGCAUGUUACAUGCUGAACUGUUUGUACAAUAUGCAGUCAACACUAGCAAUGUAUGAGUAUAUGGACGAUCGUAUGGAGCGACUUCAAGCGCAGUCGGAUGCUCAAAUAGAUACAUUGACCUCGGAACAAGCAUCGUCUUUGGUGGCAAAUUUGAAUUUAGGUCCAAUUUACACCAUCCUACAGAGUUCGACCACAAAAUUGGAUUUGAAUCAAUUGAAAAUGUUCAUGGAUAAGUUGGAUGCCUUUGUGGAAAUGCCCGAAAUUCUGUUACUACCACAAGUAACUCUGUUGCAAAGCACAAAUCAUCGAUUAACGGUGCAGAAACGAGCCCAGAGUGUAAUCGUUGCUAUCUACAAGCAGCUUUAUGAGCGAGUUCACGAUCCCAGCAAUGAAUACCAGAACACCGGUUCGGUAUUUAAGAAGACACCGGAAGAAGUGGCUGAAUUAUUGUCGUGUUAAUUUUAGGUUCAAUAAAUUUGUUAUUCGAGAAGUAAUAGAAAUGGUGGUCAAUCAUC